GGAAGAGAAAUGGAGAUCAACAAAGGUCUUUAUGCAACUUGGCGUUAAAAAUAAAUCCGCGUCGUUCAGGAACAUCUCGAUCCAAUAAGGCGAAUAACUAUAUUUUCAUUUUCAAGCAUGCCGUGACUUUGGCAAUAGAAGUUUCGAGAUCUGCCUGGUGUUUUGUGGGCUGGCGGUUACACAGCGUCUUUUCUGCUAACUGGGGAUUCGACCAAUGACUCAUCAGCUGGUCUGGGGUAAAUUUACCCAGCGAAUCUAUAUAUAUGUAUAAACAACCAUAACUCCGAAGAAACGCCUGCGUGGGAAUCCUGAUUUAUGAUAGUUCUCCAAUACAAAGUUCUUCGGUUUUCAUAGUUAACAAUGGCAGUGCCACUAGCUGCUUUACAACUGAGCUCACCACCAAGCCUGGAGAAAAACAUUCAUAUCAACGACAGAGAUUUAGAAAAAAAUUCACACAACACUGAGAAUGACAUUCUGCCAUUACAUUCACCCUGGACUUUCUGGCUUGAUAGAUCUCUACCAGGUACAACUGCAGCUGAGUGUGAGUCAAACCUGAAGAAAAUCUACACAGUGGAGACUGUUCAGAACUUUUGGCGAGUUUACAACAACAUCCCAAGUGUUUCCAGCUUGCCUUUGAGAUGUAGCUAUCAUCUGAUGAGGGGAGAAAGGAAGCCACUCUGGGAAGAAGAAAGCAAUGCUAAAGGUGGUGUUUGGAAAAUGAAAGUGCCCAAAGAGUGUACUUCUUCUGUGUGGAAGGAGUUGCUAUUGGCCACAAUUGGAGAACAGUUCAGCGAUUAUUGUGCUUCAGGAGAUGAGGUAGUAGGGGUCAGCAUCAGCGUACGGGACAGAGAAGACAUCGUUCAGGUCUGGAAUGGGAACGCUUCCUGUGCCGACGAGUCAAACGUCUUGGGAAAGAUCUACGAGCUCCUCCCUCAGACACCUUUUAAAGCUGUUUUUUAUAAACCACACAAGGAGCACCACGCUUUCGAAGGAGGUCGAACAAGACACUAAAUAUUUUGCACAUUAGAUGUUUUCAGUUGCGCAACAAUCUUCUCUGCUGAUAAAGUUAUUACAGACUACUCAGGUAGACUACAAAUUGCUAUAGUUCCUUUUAAGUACCUCAAUGUAGCCCAAGUGUUUUCAAUCAGUAGAAAUUAAUUUCAUCCAAGCAUCACUGACAUUUGCAACAAAAAAAAAACCGUGAUACAGAUUAGUUUAGUUUUAUAGUAUCUUCGAAUGUAUUUCUGUUUAUAUUGCACUGUAAAGUUUUAUAAACGCAAAAUAGAUCUGUUAGUUUUAGAUCAUUUCUGACAUCCAAUGUGCCGUUAACCUAGCAUAGAUCUUUUUGAUGUAAUUAUUGACAGAUACUACUGAUUUGUAUUAAAUAAAUGAUCUAAGAUGAUACAGCUACAUAAUACAUAGGUGAUAUGUUGUACAAAAUUUAUUUUUGAGUUAUGUUUAGAAAAAUGUUACAUGCACUACAAAUGGAAAUCCUUUGUACCAUAAAGCAUUUCAUCUUCCUUGUGUUGGAUUUUUGUGCGAAGGAACUUGCCAUUCUUAGAAUACGUAGCAAAGCUCAAAACAUGCUGUGUAAUGUUUACCUAAACUUUACACACAGUAAUCUCCAUGCACAAAACACCUUGAUUACAUUCUGGGAAAUAUAUGCAAUUACUUUUCACUAGUAGAAUGUUCUUUGUUGUGUUUGCCAUUUUUGCUCUAAAUUAAGCACCUUGUUUCAUUUUUUAUCUGUGUGCAAGAGAUUUGAUAAUUUGAUUAUUAUGAUACUGGAGACCAUAUGCACCUUGGUUUUGUGUCACAUUUUGAUGAAAUGAGAAGCUUCUCUGCUUUUUUUGUAAUGGAUGAAAACGUUGUCAAAGGGGUUCUCUGUUUUUAAUUGACUUCUGUUCAGAUUAAAAUUCUAACUGAUCCUUGGAAAAAAAAACUGAGAAACUUGUUCAGAUAAUUGUCACAGGAACUGGUUGCUUCAACACAAAAUCUCCUGCAGUUUCUCUGAUAUUCAUAAGUGUGGGUUUCAUUCCAAGUGGUAAGACUAACACUGCAUUUUUGUUGCCUACAAUCCGGUACAAUGUAAUUUGUUUCUGCAGAGCCAUUGACGAAGGCAGUGCCGUUUUCACUUCUCGUAUUAAAACGUAUAUCAACAAGAAAACUAAUUUUAAUGCAACACACUUAAUCAAAUUUAACUUCAUUUUGUCUUUGUUAGUAAUUCUUAUGCUCAUUCAAAUGUUCACUGUUGUUAAGAAUAAUAAUGUUAUUGUCCAGCACAUGUAUACUACUGACAGAUGACUUCAGAUCAAAGAUCUUGUAACUGAUUGUUCAUCUCAAAUUGUGCCUUGUUUAUUGAUUGUUUACGAUGUUAAAGUUCUCCCUGUUUGUGGUUUAAUUGUGCACCUAUUCAUGCUUCACUGUUAGAAACAAUGGAAACAAUAAAGAUUUCUGAACUUUUA